AUGCUCUUCCAAACCCUCCUCGCGACGGCCUUUGCCUCCGCUUCUGUUCUCGCAGCCCCGCUUGAGGCUCGGGAUGACCCCUCGUUUGGCCCUUCUGCCAUCUGGAAGUACUCUGUUAGCAACGGCGCCAUCUCCACGACUACCUUUGGCGAGGUGUCCAAGGACACUAGCAAUGGCGGCAACGACAUCACCACCCUCGUGACAUUCACCUAUCCCACAGAAGCCGAGGGCAUGCAAUGCCAAUUCGCCUUCUCCCUCGAUAGCUCAGCCGUGGUUUCUGGUAGCCAGAAGCUCGACGUCUUUACCAGCAACAGCCCGGCUCCGGGACCUACUACCGGCUGGGGCCCCGGAAACCAGCGCAACAUCCAUCUGGGUCGCAUCUCAGUUUCUGCCCCAGGUGAUGCCACCUGGGAUGCUACCUACAACUCAUACCUGACCGCGAAGACGCCCUGCAAGGCCGAGGGUACCGUCGAGGGUUUUGAGCUGGUUGGGGUCUACGACAACGACUAUGUCUCCUGGGACCCUGAUUUCGCCGGCCCCCGCAUCAUCUACACUUCUUGAUUUUUUUGGAGAUGGAUGUGAGGGAUUCUUUUUCAUUUCGUUUCACUCUUUAGCCUAUUUGGGAUCACUUUUGCUUUGCCAGGAGAAAUAAGUCGAACGGGGCGUCGGAUCAUUUGAGGUAUUCACUACUACGGUCCUUUUAUUACGCAG